AUGUCAGCCAUCGAGUUCACUGCCCGUGAGCAACGCAUGAUGGCUUUGGCUUGGAGAUGCUUCGACGGCGAGCCAAAGGUUGACUUCGACAAGCUGGCCCGUCUCAACGGGAUGACAAACAAAGGCUCUGUAUACAAUGCUUGGACGAAGAUCCGAAAGAAGCUGGCUGGCGAGCUUGCUGCGAGCCCGACCGUUACCAAACGAACUCCCAAGAAAAGAGCCAGAGACGACUUCGACGACAGCGAUGAGAUGCCAACCAAGAAAAUCAAAGGCCGCAAGGCGAGUCUGUCGAAGGAAAUUGUUUCGUCGGACGACGAAGAUGCAGUCGCAAAAGUUGAAACGCCUGAUGACGGCUGA